UCACAGCAGGACCUAACUAACGUGCCUACCCUGCCUGCCCUCUUUUUUAUUUACUAGUAAUCAAUAGAUCAUUGGUUUUGUUGUCUUUUUAGAGACUGUGGUUUGAAAACUGGGACUGGGGUAGAACCAGUACAUCCCCAACCCAAGAUGAGUGCGACGAAGGAAGAUGUUGAGAAGUUCCUGGAUGGGAACCCGGCUUUCGCCCAGGGCUACUUUAACAAGAAGCUCACACCGGGGGCCCUCUCUGUGAUGGCAGGCAUCUCGGAGUCCAAGGUAGAUUUUGGGAUGUUACAGGAGCUGAGCCAGAUAGAAGAAGGCCAGAUCCUGUUCGACCUGAUCAAAGAAAUGCAGGAGAAUGUGAACAUGGAGAAAGUGGUGUUUAAGAUUCUGAAGAGGAUCGUCGCCCUGAUCCAAGCCGACCGCUGCAGCCUGUUCAUGUACCGGGAGAGGAACGGCAUCGCGGAGCUGGCCACACGUCUCUUCAACAUCACCACAGAGUCGGAGCUGGACGACUGUGUGGUGCACCCUGACCACGAGAUCGUCUUCCCCCUGGACCUUGGGGUGGUGGGAAAUGUGGCCCAGACCAAGAAACACGUCAAUUUGAAAGAUGUCAAUGAGAGUAGUCACUUCAGCUCGUUCGUCGAUGACCUGACAGAGUACAAGACCAUGAACAUUUUAGCCUCGCCCAUCAUGAACGGAGAGGAUGUGGUGGCUGUGAUCAUGGCCCUGAACAAGACUACUGGACCACACUUCACUGCUGAGGAUGAGGAUCUUUUUUUGAAGUACCUCAGAAUAGCCACUUUGAACCUGAAGAUUUACCAGCUGAACUACCUGUACAACUGUGAGACUCGAAAAGGACAGGUCCUGUUGUGGUCUGCCAACAAGGUGUUUGAGGAGCUGACAGACAUUGAGAGACAGUUCCACAAAGCCCUGUAUACAGUGCGGGCGUACCUGAACUGUGACAGGUAUUCUGUGGGCCUACUGGACAUGACGAAGGAGAAGGAGUUCUUUGACAUCUGGCCAGUGUUGAUGGGAGACCAGCCCCCCUACUCUGGACCUCUUACCCCUGAUGGCAGAGAAGUCAUAUUCUACAAAGUCAUUGAUUAUAUUUUGCAUGGAAAAGAGGACAUCAAAGUUAUCGCGAGUCCCACUCCAGAACACUGGGUUUUGUGUACUGGACUUCCCACAUAUGUGGCUGAAACUGGUCUUAUAUGCAACAUCAUAAAUCCCAUAACAGAGGAGAUGUUCAAGUUUCAGUCAGAACCCUUGGAUGAUAGUGGUUGGACCAUAAAGAAUGUGCUGUCCAUGCCAAUCGUCAACAUGACGGAAGAGAUUGUGGGCGUGGCUACAUUCUACAACAGGAAAGAUGGGAAGCCAUUCGAUCAGCAGGAUGAGGAGCUAAUGGAGGCUAUGACUAACUUCCUGGGCUGGUCCCACCUCAAUACAGACACCUAUGACAGGAUGAAAAUGAUAGAGAACCGGAAAGAUAUCGCUCAGGACAUGGUGCUCUACCACGUCAAGUGCCGUGAUGACGAAAUACAGAAAAUCCUGAAAACCAGACAGUAUUUCAACAGAGAGCCCUGUGACUGUGAAGAGGAUGAGUUCCUGCAGAUUCUGAAAAAAGAACUACCUGGCCCCAAGAAGUUUGAGAUCUAUGAGUUCGGGUUCUCUGACUUUGACCUCACAGAGCUGGAGCUGGUGAUGUGUGGGAUCCAGAUGUUCUAUGAGGUCGGAGUGGUCAAGAAGUUCCAGGUUCCACAGGAGGUUCUGGUGCGCUUCAUGUACUCUAUCAGCAAAGGCUACAGGAAAAUGCCCUAUCACAACUGGCGCCACGGUUUCAAUGUCGGACAGACCAUGUUCACACUGCUGACGACAGGGAACCUGAAGAGAUACUACACAGAUCUAGAGGUGAUGGCAAUGAUCACAUCUGCUUUCCUCCAUGAUAUCGACCACAGGGGCACCAACAACCUCUACCAGGUGAAAUCUGGUAACCCAAUAGCCAAGCUUCACGGCUCAUCCGUCCUGGAGAGGCAUCAUCUAGAAUUUAGCAAGUUCCUUCUGGCAGACGAGUCCUUGAAUAUCUACCAGAACCUCAACAGAAGACAGAAUGAGCAUGCCAUCCACCUCAUGGACAUUGCCAUCAUUGCAACAGAUUUGCAACUUUAUUUCAAGAAGCGAACAAUGUUCCAGAAGAUUGUUGACCUAUCAAAGACCUACGAAGAUGAGAAGAAGUGGGUGGACUGGAUGUCCCUGGAGACUACCAGGAAAGAGAUUGUCCUGGCCAUGAUGAUGAUAGCAUGUGACUUGUCAGCCCUCACUAAGCCAUGGGAGGUACAAAGCAAGGUGGCGCUGUCUGAAGCAGCUGAGUUCUGGGUGCAGGGUGACUUGGAAAGGGAAGUUCUUGAAAAACAACCCAUUGCCAUGAUGGACAUAAACUGCGCUGGUCAGCUGCCCAAGCUGCAGUGUGGUUUCAUUGACUUUGUCUGCACAUUUGUCUACAAGGAAUUCACCCGCUUCCAUCCGGCCAUCCAGCCGAUGUAUGAUGGCAUGCUGAACAACAGGAAGGAGUGGAAGGCCAAGCAGGAAGAGUACGAGGCCAAGCAGGCCAUCCUGGAAGCCCAGUCAGGGUCCAAGACGUGCUCAGUGUGCUAGAGCUCAGGACCCGUUUUGGAGGUAGGUCACUCCAGGAUACAUCACAGCCACACAGUCUUGCUGCCGGCCGGGGCAGGACUAGCCUCACCUCAGAACAACUGUGGAAGGACAGCCUCCCCUCACAGCAUCAGAACUUUAGAGAAGAGCCAGAGGGACUCCUUAUCAGUCAUGCAGCAAGGCUGUUGGACCGGCUGGUUCCAGACCCAUGUUGGCACAUUAUGGCCACACAGGGCCUUUAUCAUUAGUUGCAUUGGCAUAUCCACAUUUUGGAAGUUACCCCUUUCAAUAUGCUUCACGACCUUCUGAGGAAUCCUUCAUGUUCUAAUGGCAAGUAGACGUGUGGUGUGUGCGUCUUAGGGAGUUCAUUUUUGUUUGUACUAACUUUUUAAACGUAUGUACAGUAGGUUCCUGAAGGUUUUUAUUGACCAAUUAAAGGAACAAGAAGUCAACAACUUCUGAAAUGUUUCUAUAUGUAUGUAUAAUGUCAUAUGAAUAUGACACUAAAGCCCUGUUUAAACCUGGCCCCAACAUACAUUCUUUGUCCUGAUCUUGUCCACAUUCUGAUUGUGUCCACAUUUUCAGACAUAUGGUAUUAAAAUGUGUCUCUUAUCCAUCCACUGUGUCUGCAUUGUGACCAGAUUUCCUGGUCCUUUCCUGUAUGCAAUUAUUUCAGAUAUUCUUUCCAAAUAAUAUUUAUUUAUUUGAAGACACAUAUUGAUGGAAUAAGUCAAUGGUGCCACCUGUCAAUGAUUUUAGAGGGUGAAAUAAUGAUGAUUUAAAUGGCUUCACUGUGCAGAUCAGUCUACACUUAGAUAUCCAGACACAAUGUGUGUCUGACUACCUAUGGAGGUGGUCAGGAAGAGCUGACCUACGACUACAUCUGUCUAAAAUUGUGGGCACAAUCAGAAUGUGGACACGAUCAGGACAAAGGACGCAUGUUAGCACCCCAGGUAUAAACAUAGCUCAUUAUGAUUGCUUUUCGUUUUAAACAACUACCAUUUUCGUACAGAAUACUGUAUGGAAUGCACAGGGAUCCUUUUUGUUUUACAUCAAUAUUUUGCGCUUUUAUUUGUUGUAAGGAUAUAGAUUUUUAAAACAAUUAGGCUAGAGGAUUUAGAGUUAUCACAUUAAAGGUAGACUCAGCUAAAUGACGUUGCCACGAGCAGCACUGCAGAUAUUGAGACGAGCAAGAUGCAAGAUCUCGGUCUUACACAGUCACGCACAGUAUCUGUGCCUGGGUGUAUUUCAUGCUGUUAAGUUGAGCCUCGAGCUUCAACACUCUUAGUUGUUGCGGAAAUUGACCCACUAUAAUGUUUACUUUCUACAUCUACGUCAUAUAGCUGAGUCUACCUUUAAAUAACAUUUUACAAAACCUUGGUGGAUUCAUCAAGGAUCAAACUUUGAUGUAUGUUAUAAUAACAAUGUAAUAACCGUGACUUACAUUGUUCUUUACUCCUUACAGUCAGUCGUCAUUUACAUAACUGUCCAGUGUUUCCAGAUUUCUAUGAAAUAUGACCUAUAAUUAAUUACAAAAUGAGUGAAAUAGUUUUCCUUCUAAGAAAUGGUAGUUAAAAAGUAGCUUUUCUGCAUUUGAAUGGUGUGGGCUUACCCCAACAACAGAAUGGUGUGGGCAUAUACCCGGCCGCAACCGGGAGACUCAUGGG